AUGGCUGUUGUUGAACAUUAUAUAAAUGACAACGAGAAUAAUAUCGAUUCAUCAUCUUUGUUUUUAUCUCAAAUAGGUUACCGAGUGGGAUAUUCACUUAGUGAAAGAUUAUCAAAAGAAAGUCCACGUUAUCGCGAUGAAUUAGAUACAAUUAAAUAUCUUUGCAAAGAACUUUGGAUUUGUUUAUUUAAAAAACAAGUUGAUAAUUUACGAACAAAUCAUCAAGGUGUUUAUGUUAUACAUGAUGGACGUUUCCGUUUAUUACAACAAACAUUAUUAACAAUGAACAAACCAAUUGAUGAUACUAAUCGAUUACAUCAAUUGUAUAUAGCGUAUUCAACUGGUUUAAUACGAGGUAUUUUAACAAAUAUGGGUUAUCCAUGUCGCGUUACUGCUGAGAUCGCAGAGUUUGGUGUGAAAUUUCAAAUCGAAAUGAAUUCAACAGUUGGAUAA